CUACUACUCACUCAUUAAUAACAAAGUUAUUUACAUUUAUUGUUAAGAUAACUACUUUACAAAUGAUUUGGUCAAAUAAAAUAACUAUUGUUGGUUUCGUUUUACUGUUUUCUAUUAUACUAUUCACCGAGUGUCUGCCUCAGUCUAAAGAAAAUCAAAUCAUUCCUGGUUACUCCGCAUAUGAAUAUUUAAAUGAACCAAAAAAACGUAUGUUAAAUGGACUUAGAUUUCAAGAAUUACUACGUUUACAAAAAUUAAAAGAUAGUGCUAAGUGGCUUGAAGAUCUCGGGAAACGUUCUUCAAUUUAUGGAAUAAAUUCAUUAGCUGAUGAUGAAUCUGAUUGAAUAGAACCUUAAUAUUGACUCCACCGACCAAAAAAAUGUACUGAUAAACGUUUGCCAAAGAGUUUAAUUAACAAAUGUAAUACAAAUUGCUAAAAUGUUUGUAAAUGAUUUUAUUUAUAAUAAAUUUGAUAAAUAAUAA